AUGAAGCUCACGACCUUUGCUCCGUUACUGUUACUGCUUUUCCGAGCUGAAUGUAGACCGCCAAAUCCCAUCGGUGGUGAUCAACGAGCCAAUGACGAUACAGCAUCACCGUGUGCGCAAGUAAGGGCUAGUGCAGUCACAGCUCUACAGACAGCACCCAAAGAUCGGCCAACAGUUACCGCGCAGCUUGCUUAUGAGUGCCUAUCCUCCGUUCCUCUAAAUCCACAAGAUGCUACGGCUUUAAUAAACUCGCUCUUUCCUUAUAUCGAAUGGCAGUCAGAUCUUUCGUACCUCAAAGCCCCACCGCCAGGCUAUCAAAUGCCAGCAGUUGAUGUAAUCGCUGAAUUGAAUCGAAUUUUGGUCGCUAUAGAAAGUGGAGCAUACAGUAAUGAGUACCAAUUUCAAAUGGAUCUUUUUCUCUUAUUUCAAUCCGUACACGACGGACACUUCAGAUUUAUACCAGAUCUUAUGGGUAAGACAUUUCAGUUUCGACGAAAAGUGAGUAUUGUAAGCGUCAGCAUUGAUGGAGUUGAGACUCCUAAAGUAUACGUCAGUACGGACAUUGCAAAGUUUGUCAAUAAUAAUAGCUCUUUUACGCCAUUUCCAGUUUCACAUAUCAAUGGACAGAACACUAGUGACUUCUUGAACUCGCUGAUGAUGCAGACCAAUCUGCAUGAUGCAGAUGCUCAGUACAAUAUGAUGAUGUAUGGGAAAGCCGGGGACGCACACUAUCCUAAAUCGAAUUAUAAUGGAUUCUUCACACUUACCGGUUAUCUUUCUUAUACAUAUCCAGGUCCUCUUACUACCUUCCGGUUUGAAAAUGGUACCGAAAAAACUUACCAAAACUAUGCCACUGUUAAAGGCAAUUUUGAGAAUGUUACCGAUGGGGCCUCUAUGUACAAAAUAUUUUGCACAGGAACCCCGGAAAACCCGGCCCCAUCAUUAGAUUUUACCGCAUCCACUAAUAUAAAAAAUAGCACUAAACCGGCUACGAGAACUAUUUACAAACCUGAAAGUAAAAAACCAGCAUUUGGAUAUCCCAAACCCGAAUACAUUUCAUCAGACCAAGUCGUUUCUGGAUAUUUUCUGAAUGAUACAGCCUUACAGGACGUGGCUGUACUCAGUAUUCUUUCUUUUCAAACUGCAUCUGUGAUAGAGUUCCAAUCAAUCAUUCAGAAGAUGAUCUUAAAAUCUAAGCUUGCCGGUAAGACAAAGUUGAUAAUCGAUCUUUCUUCAAAUGGUGGCGGCAAUCUGCUCUGUGGCUAUGAUACAUUUCGUCAGUUAUUUCCGCAGAUUGAGCAAGAUGGAUUUACACGUAUCCGUUCGCACGAUGCUUUGCAAAUUAUUAGUAAGCAAGUGUCAGAUCGCGCAUCUAAUUUCUCAUUCGGAAGCAAGGAAGCCUCAGACUAUACAUACUAUCAAACUCCUUUGAAUUAUCGAUUUGAUCUGAAUGUGAAUGGUUCUCAUUUCUCAAGCCACGAAGAUAAAUUUGGACCUAUCCAACUUAGCAAUGAUAACUUUACCAACAUAAUGCGAUGGGAGGUCGAUGAUCCAACGCUAGUCAGCCCAAUUUGGGGAGUCGGAACGAAUGUUACUGGAUACGGAGAUCGCAAAAACUUUACUCAGCCAUUUGAUGCUUCAAACAUUGUGUUGGUAUACGAUGGCGCCUGUGCAUCUACUUGCGUUAUAUUUAGCGAAUUCAUGCGCACUCAAGCUGGAGUAAGAUCGAUCGCAUUUGGCGGUAGACCAACUAAAGCACCUAUUCAGGGAAUUGGUGGUACAAAGGGAGCUAAUAGCUAUGAUUUUGCUUCGAUAUACAGUGUAGCACAACUUGCUCAAAAAACUGGAACCCCAACGCAGGUUGCGAUGUGGAAAUCGCUAUCAGCCCUCACGGAUCUACCAAUAAGCCGUAGUAUAGAUAGUGCCGUCAAUAUUAAAGAUAUUAUCUUGAGAGAAAAUCUAGAGGACGGAAUCCCAGCACAAUUUUUAUAUGAGGAAGCGAAUUGCAGAUUAUUCUAUGAGCCCAGUAUGAUUAUGGAUGUUCAGAAUCUCUGGAACAAGGCUGCCUCUGCAGCUUGGGGAGACGCCAAUUGUGUUUCUGGUCACUUAAAUACCAAAGUCAAGAUGAGCAAUCAACGGUUAAAGAAAGCUGAUUAUAUAAAGAACCGCCAAUCUGUGCGUGGAACCCAAAGAAUCAGAGCAAUUUCGGAGCGUUUAAGAAGGCGAGGUUACUUUCGGAAAAAUACUCCAUCUCGGUGA